ACGGCAGGCUGGCGGGGGAGUGAAGGGGCGGGGCCUGAGCUAGCCGUCAAGGUGGAGAGUGAGGGAGGGCGCUCCUUUUUUUGUCCGCCUUCCUCGGCUGGAGUUUAUGCAUUUGAGGAGUCGCUGAGCGCACGGAAGUGACUGAAAGAGGGAGAAAAGUAGCGAGCUUCGUGUUAAAAGCACCGAGAGAAAGUCCUCUUUUCUUUGCCACACCCCCACCCCCUCCCGCCCCAACCUCUCCGACUUUACCCAACCCCCGGAGCUCGAUAAAAGCCGGAGAGCCAUGGAGAACGCCGAGCAGGAGAAGCAGACUGAGCAGGCGAAGCCGGCCGAGCAGGCCAAGCAGGAGAAGCCGGCCGAUCAGGUGGCCAGCAACCCGGUGAACGAGGAGGAUGUCCAGAGGGCCAAGCUGGCCGAACAGGCCGAGAGGUAUGAAGACAUGGCGGCCGCGAUGAAAGCGGUGACUGAGCGCGGCUUCGAGCUGACGACCGAGGAGAGGAACCUGCUGUCGGUCGCCUACAAGAAUGUGGUGGGGGCCCGCCGAUCGGCCUGGAGGGUCAUCUCCAGCGUGGAGCAGAAGAGCGACACCGAUGACAAGCGAUUGCAACUAACCAAAAGUUACCGGGAAAAAAUCGAAACGGAGCUUAAUGACAUCUGCAAAGAAGUCCUGGUAAGAAAGGCGAACAAAGGGGUGGCGUGUCUUUGAUCUGAAAUCGUCUUUUUUAAAACAAAAAUGAAAUAAAACUGCGCCU